AUGGCUGAAUCACUCCUUUUCAGCAUUGCCCAGGGUGUGCUGGGGAAGAUAGCAUCUCCGGCGUUCCAAGAAGCUGUCGCAAUUUACAGCGUCGAAGAUCAGAUCCACGAGUUUAAAGAUACGAUGGAUGCCAUUACAGCCGUGUUGUUAGAUGCUGAGGAGCAACAGGCGAAGAACCACCGCCUGCAACUGUGGCUGCGUCGGCUUCGAGACGUGUUGUAUGAUGCGGAGGAUGUGCUCGAUGAACUCGAGUGUGAAGCCUUACGGAAGCGGGUACUCAAUCGGUAUGGGGGCGUCAAAGAGAAGUUUGAUCUUAAUGUGCGGAGUGUCGACAAUGGUGUGGUGCAUUUGCGAUCACGAGAGAUGACUUACUCGUUCGUAAACAAGUUGGAUGUCGUCGGAAGAGAAAGUGAUAAGGACAAGAUAAUUAAGAUAUUAAUGCAACCAGAUCGGAAAAAUCUCUCGGUGAUUCCCAUUGUCGGAAUAGGAGGUAUGGGCAAGACAGCCCUAGCUAAAUUAAUUUACAACGAUGAUAAUGUGAAAAAGCAAUUCGAGUCGCGAUUAUGGGUGUGCGUACCUGAGGACUUUGAUUUAAAGAAAACUAUCGAAGGAAUCAUCAAAGAUGCAACUGGUCAAAGCUUGAGUAACCUUGACAUUCAGCAAUUGCAAACCUCUUUGCGAUACAUCAUCAGAGACAAGAAAUUUCUACUAGUCUUGGAUGAUGUAUGGAGCAGCGACCGUAGUAGAUGGGAAGAACUGAAAGCUUUGCUAACCGAAGGAGCUAGUGGAAGCAAGAUAAUUGUGACAACGUGCAGUUCAGAAGUCGCUUCUAUAAUGGGUAACCAUCCGGCACAUAAUCUAAAAGGUCUUUCUCAUGAAGACUCCAUGGCCUUGUUCAAAAAAUGGGCUUUCGACCAAAAGGAAAAGCACCCACGUCCUGAUCUCCUUGAGAUGGGAGAUGACAUUGUCAAAAAAUGUCAAGGAGUUCCUCUCCUUGUGAAAACUUUGGGGAGUCUACUUUUCACAAAGGACGAAGUACGAGGGUUUGAAUUUCAUAGCGUUCGUUUAGAUGACUUAUGGAUGGCUUUAGGACUCGUUAGUUCAACAACGGAAAACGAAGACUUUGGUGUUGAGUACGUCAAAGAGUUGUGGAAGAGAUCUUUGAUCCAGGAAGUUGACGAGUCCGAAUCAAUAUUGACUUUUAAAGUGCACGACCUAGUCCAUUCUCUUGCAACGAUUGUGGCACGAAAUGACUGCUCCGUUGUUGGCUUAGACACUGAAGAGAUUUCGGAAGGAACUCGCUACAUUUCGUUCCCUAGCAAUUCGUCAGAGGGAAUCACAAAUUUUGAUGAAGUCCCUCCUUUUUUGAGAAAGCCAACUUCAAAGAGGCUUCGUGCAAUUAUACUUCCACUCCAUGUUAAUGAUCGAGUCAUUACUAGAGAAUUCGCUAGAACAUGCAUCUCCAAGUGUAACCAUUUACGGUACCUAGAUUUGAUGGAUGGUACUUUUGAGGAGCUACCAAGUUCUAUACGCAACUUGAAGCAAUUGAGGUCGUUAAAUCUCUCUGGGAACAAGCGAUUGAAGAAGCUUCCGGAUACCAUUUGCGAGCUGCAAAGUUUGUUAUACUUAUAUCUCGAAGGUUGCUUAGAGCUUGGCGAAUUACCCAAAAAUAUGGAUAGGCUCGUCAAUCUCAGAUUUCUAUUUGUAACAACAAAGCAGACCUUGAACAUUGAUGAUUGUAAGCUCGUGUUGACCGAGGAGAACAAGUCCAACUUUCCUUUGAAUCUUCGUACUCUUUCAAUAUCGAGGUUUGAACAAGUGAUGGAGUUGCUCCAAUGUCUCGAUAAGUCUACCUGCACUAUGGAGACCUUUGCUGUCUAUGAUUGCCCGAGCUUUACUGUUGAUGUCCAAUUUGGGCAGUUCUGUGCAGUCUAG